AUGUCCAACAACAUGGCCGCCAAAGACAAGGGCAAGCAAAAAGCCGAGCCAACCUAUGAUGUUUAUGACCAAUUCAAUGUGCGCAACUGGACUUUCUAUGAAACUGACCCUGACAAGUAUUUCGAAAAUAUCACUCUUGUCAAACGCCCGGGGUUUAAUACCACCGGCAAGGAGAUUACCGUUUCGGUCAAUUCGUACCCAAUCAUUCAAUUCCCGAAUAAAACGGUAUAUCAAUAUGAUGUUUUGAUUGGAAACGGCGCCGAAAAACGUGCUGUUGUAGACAAGGUGUGGAAUGCCAAAACCAGAAAAGAUAAACUUGGUAAAUUCUGGAUUUUUGACGGCAAUAAGUUGGCAUGGUCCACAAACAAGUUGAAUCAAGAUGUGAAUGUGCUCAUCGACCUGGACGCCGAAGCGGGAAGAUCUGGUUCAAAUGGGAAAAAUGUUUUCCGCCUUGUUGUCCGACCCACCAAGAAGAUCAAUUUGGCAGUUCUUGAUGAAUAUGUGCGCGGCACUAUGCCGUUGAAAGAGGAUGCUCAAGAAGCUUUCAAUUUCCUCGAUCACCUUCUGCGAGAAACCCCAAGUAGAACCUUUAUUCCAAUCAAAAGGUCUUUCUUCUCAGAGGAUAACCCAAAGCAUGAUCUCGGGUGUGGUGUUUUUGCAUACAAGGGAAUUUACCAAGCCAUUCGUGCGGUUCAUCCCGGCAGAUUGGCGGUAAAUGUCGACGUUUCCAAUUCAUGUUUCUGGUCCUUGUAUUCUUUGAUCGGUCUGGCAAUUGGACUUAUGGACCUGCGCGACGUCCAACAGUUGAUGCAUUAUUCGAAGCCAGUUGAAGAUCCAUAUGGAGGUCAUCAGCCUUCAAAAGAAUUCCAGUUACUCAAUAGAUUGCACAAACUCAGAGUCCAGGCCAAUUAUCGUGGAUGCCCGUGCGUUGGGAAGGAAUGGACCAUCAAGGAAUUUCUCCUUGUAAAUGCGAAGCAGUAUACAUUCGACGUCAAAGAUCGUGCCACUGGUAAGUCUCGUACAAUGAAUAUUUACGAUUACUUCAAGGAGAAAUACAGUAUUAUUCUCGACUACUGGCAACUUCCUGUGGUCCGAAUGACCAAAGGUAGCGUUGUUUAUCCCAUGGAACUCCUUGCAGUCUACCGGGCGCAAAAAUAUCCAUUCAAGCUCAAUGAAUUUCAGACCUCUGAAAUGAUAAAAUUCGCGGCAUCCAAACCAAACGAAAGGCGCCAGGCCAUUGAGCGCUGCAAGAUAAAUCUGCGGCAUUCCGAGGAUCCUAUUCUCAAAGAAUACGGCCUUAAAGUUGCUGAUUCCAUGAUGAGAACCAAAGCUCGUCUUCUUCCAAACCCUGAGAUUCUCUUUGGAGGGAAUCAGAAAUGCAACCCUGGGACAAAUGGUCGUUGGGAUCUGCGGGGGAAGAAAUUUUAUUUGCCAAACGCCAGACCCUUAAAAUCAUGGGGCGUUGGGUACUUCAAAGGACGUCAUCCUAUCAAUGGACCUCAAGUCGAGGCGUUCUGUGAUAACCUCGUUCGGACGUAUCAAGGUCAUGGCGGUAUUGUCGAAACCAAGCGACCAUUCAUCAUGGAACUCCCACAGGACCCUGCCAAGGCCGUCUAUGACUUGUAUAACGCGGUUGGAAAUAAUUACAAUCAGCGCCCUCAACUUCUGAUAUUAAUUGUCCAAGAUCGCCAUAGCUUCCAUUAUUUGCGAAUCAAAAAGUCGUGCGACUGCCGCUUUGGAGUCCCUUCUCAGGUUUUACAGGGACGACAAGUUGUCAAAGGCAGCGGUCAAUACAUUUCGAACGUUUUAAUGAAAAUAAACGCGAAACUCGGCGGGACCACUGCCCGAUCUCAUUCGCGCUACAAUACAUCUCUGCCACCAUUCACAAUGAUAAUUGGUGCAGAUGUUUCCCACUCGUCCCCAGGAAGUUAUGCGCCAAGCAUGGCGUCCUUUACAGUGUGCAUGGACACUUUCGGUGGUCGCUACACUGCUGGAUGCGAAACUAACGGUGAGCGCCGUGAAAUUAUUAGCCCCCUAAACAUUAAAGAAAUUUUGAGCCCUCUCAUCCGUGAGUGGGUGAUGAACAUUGGAAAUGGUCGAAAUCCCGAGAACCUUUAUUACUUCCGUGACGGUGUAUCUGAGGGACAGCAGCAGCACAUCCUCCAGCGCGAGAUUCGACAUAUCAAGGAUAUUUUCAAGGAAAUCGCCAUGGGUAAAGAAUGGGAGGGCAAGCUCACCGUUGUUAUUUGCUCGAAGAGGCACCAUAUCCGAGCUUUCCCGGACCCCCACGACCGUAACGCCGCGGAUAAGAAUGCGAAUUCACUCCCGGGCACUCUUGUUGAACGAGAUGUUACAAACCCCCACGGCUACGAUUUCUUCUUGUGGUCUCAUAUCGCUCUUCAAGGAACCUCCCGACCCGUACAUUAUCAAGUCCUUAUUGACGAGAUUGGAAGCUCGCCAAAUAAGCUCCAAAAUAUGGUUUAUGAGCAUUGUUAUCAGUAUAUGCGGUCGACGACUUCUGUGUCUUUGUUUCCUGCAGUUUACUACGCUCAUAUUGCCUCAAACCGUGCAAGAUCACACGAGAAUGUCCCGGCAAGCUCGGGUCCACGGUCAGGCCCUGGUAUCAAGUUGAAUAACCCACCGCCCCCAGGACCAAAACCAAGCGAGGCGCCUAGAUUGCUUGCAAUGCCCUCAGUGGACAGACUUGCUUUUAAUAUGUGGUACAUUUGA